AUGUGGAUGCCUAGCUUAGUGGACCGCUAUAAGAAUAGGCCAGACAGUGUUGAGUUCAACGACAUGUGCCUAGCGGUGUUUGCAUCAGGAUAUCGUAUUCUGAGCAAAAAUGAGAAAUCCCAGAGCAGGGUCGCACUCAAAAAGAAGAGUGGUUUUGUGACAAAGCGAACACGAAGCAAACCAGCGGUUUUGCGUUACGUGCGCUUUUCCAAGACCAACAAGCCAGAAGCUUUUUAUCAAAGCAUUCUGCAGUUGUUUCUGCCAUAUCGUGUUGAUGCGGAUCUCAAACCUUCUAACUGGGCAACUUUUGAACAGUUCUACAAGAAGGGUCGUGUGAGGUUCAGCGACCGAUCCACACAUUCAGUCAAGUCUGUUGUGGACGAUAAUAAGAAAGAAUUUGAAAUUGAAGCAGAUACACUAGAUAAUAUCCAGGAAAUGGUGGAUAUUAACGAUGUGUAUGAAGAUGCCUGGUGCCAGUUGUGCCCAGAGCAAGAGGCAGAACGAUUAGAGUGCGUAGAACAGCGGAAGCAGAACAAACAAGCAGAGGAAGAGCCUGUGGAAAAUAUUCCAGAUUUGGCAGUGGUCGGCCAAAAGAUUUCCCACUUAGAAAAGAGGCAGAGCAUCAUGUGCCGAAGAGAGGUCAUCAAACGGGAUCCCCCAGCCAAUCCGUUUGAGUGGAGCACUGUCCGGCGUGGCCGGAAGAAACGUCAGCCCGAGGAACAGCUGCAGGCUAAGUCGGGGGGCUGUUCCAUCACAGUCACUGGUGGCAGGUUUAGCGCCCUGUCACAUCUGGUGGAAGACCCUACUCCACCAGCUGCGCACGUUUCAACCACAACAGCGGUUCCAAAAGUCAAAAAGGAACCACGUGCGUUCCACCGCCGUUCCUUGGCUGCCAGGAGGCGGAUGGAGAUCCAACGGACUGUGGACGUCGAACCUCAGCAGCCUGCCAGUGGCAGCCAUGCACGCCGUGGUACCGGUUAUCGCCACGCCGUGCGCCGUUGGCCAACUUCUCUCGUGACUGGACGAAGCCACAAGUUGGUCAUUCCAGCCGAGGCGCCGGAGAAGAAGUUUGUUCUUCUCGUCGGCGACUCCCAUCUGCGGAGCAUUGCAGAUGGCAUUGUUGCAAUGCCAGAGGGCAAGCUGUCCUUUGGCGUGAUGUCAACACCGGGGGCCGCUGCUGCCGAGUUACAGGCAGAAUUCAAGAAAGCUGUGCUGCCAAGGAAACCACACGCUGUCCUUGUGCAGGCCCCCAGCAACAACCUGACUGCGAGUAGGACCAUCCACGAGGCGGCCGCUGACUUCGGCAAAUUUCUGGCAACUGUCUGCAGCCAGCAUGCCAAUGUGGUUGUGACAGAUUUUCCUCCACGCCUCAACGUCAACUUGAACUUGCAGCAACAUCUUCGCCAGGAGUACUGUCGCGUUGCUGCAAGCAUGGGUGUCAAGUACUACCCCGUUACCGAGUACUUCCCCAUGAACAAUUUGGAGUUGUGGUGCAGGGAUGGUGUACACCUGUCGGACACUGUGGGGAUGCCUGUCCUGGCACAGUUGAUGUGGAAGGCUUCUUACAUGGUUCUUGAGCUACCAGCACCACCCAAACUGCAGAGCCCACCCAGGCAGGCACAGUGUCCACCAUCCCAAAGGAUUGUAGUCACAAGAGAGGUCAUCAAACGGGUUCCCCCAGCCAAUCCGUUUGAGUGGAGCACUGUCCGGCGUGGCCAGAAGGUGGAGGCAGUUACAACUGUUGCCCAGGUGUGCCCCCGGACGUCCCGAACUCGUACAGCGAGCGCGACGGCAACCCAGGAGGCGGAGGCGGUUCCACUUGGUGACCAGGUGUGUUCCCGUGCGUCACCUCGCCAUGAUGCCAUGGAGUCGUCCGUGACACCAGAGGCGGAGGCCGCUCCAGGUCGUCACUCCACGUCUGCUGUGCCACUGCCUGCCAGGUCUGAGGGGGAGGGAGGAACGCAGAGCGCCGUUGACGGGACCGGCAACCACUUGCCAAAAGAGUAUGUUUUUGGUGGACACACAUUUGAGUUUGAGUAUGGGGACUUUGGCAGUACGUGUGCCAUUAUUAGGCAGGAUGGGCGUUACGCCAUUUUUGACUCUCACGCCCGAAGUGCGGAGG